AUGGCGACCUCAAAUGGCGACUCGGCCGUGUCGCGGCCUACCUCCGGCAUCAUAUCUCCCCGCGACGUGAGAUCUAGGACGCAAAGUAUUUCCAGCGACCGACCUUCAACCAUUGCCCACAGUCUCAUGUCGCCGCCGCUCUCUGUAUCACCCUCGGCGGCCUUCAUUGCCGCCUCGGCCGCUUCGCAGAUUGUUACAAACGACCACGAUAGUCACGCCGAUACCUGGUAUGAUCAGCACGGUAUCGAACCGGCCAGCGACCCAGCGCUCGUCUCAGCAGAGGCGCUACAGCUUGUCAACAGCUUCCUUGAUCAGCUACUUUUCAACUUCCUCUCCAGAUCGCACGCCACCACCCUCGCGAAUUUGCGGCCCGCCGUUUCUGAAGUAUUGAAGCCCAAGCUCGCAAAAGACGCCGUCAACAAUGCCGACGAAGAGCUACGUGAAUACCUUGGCGAAGGCGAUGAUGAGGAUUUUGUUCCAGACCAGGGCGACAAGGCGCGCGACUGGGAUCUAGAACUUGUUUGGAAGCGCACUCGCCUUCGAUGUAUGGUCUACUCUUCCUUAGGCGACAUGGAAGAAGAAGACGAGGAUCUUCACAUGGAGCAGGAGAACCUUGAAAUUGGUGCCAACGAGCCAGCCAGUGAAGUUAUUUCGCCCGCCGUCGCAAUCUUUCUUACUUCUGUCUUGGAGUAUAUGGGUGAGCUCACUCUUACUGUUGCGGGACAGGCCGCAUACCACAGAUUGCGGGCGAAAUUCCAAAAGGAGGUCAAUGAAGGAACACGAAACACCACCGACGUCGCCGACCGCAUUGUUGUCGAAGAGCAAGACAUGGAGAGAGUGGCACUCGAUCGAACAUUGGGGCGACUGUGGAGGGGCUGGAAGAAGCGGAUACGAUCCCCUACCAUCGACCUAAAUGGUCGUCCCUUCUCAAGGGCGUCCAACGGCCAUCUGAGACAGGACAGUGUGUUUUCAGAUUCGCCUGCCCUCAGUCGGGUUGCUACACGUGAGACAGAAGCAGAGGCUGAGAAUGAAGCUGUCGAGCCCUAUAAAAUUGCGCUUCCCAUGAGAGAGAAUGAUGUGGACGAAAUUGAGGUUCCUGGUCUGGCCUACAAUAGUGACGAGGAUGAUGAGGAAGCGGAAGACGAAGAGGUUAGCGGACGUCGACCUAAGAGUUUGUUAAUUCUGCCUCUAGGAAUUAUCCAAGGCCUUCCCACUCCGACUCUAUCGCAACCUAAUACCCCGACUUUGGCCACUCGCAAACGCUCAAACUCGUUGCCGACGCCCAAUGCUUCACCGUACCGGGCUGCUGCGAAACGUUCAAAGGAAGCUGCUACAACUGAAACAAGUGCUGUAGGAGAUAAACAAGACCUGCAUGAACAAGACAGCACCGAGCAGAUCAGCAGCAAUGAGCCUAAAGAGGACCAAGAGAGCAAGCCCAAGGAUGGGUUACUCCCCGAGCCUACAGUUCCAAAGAGCAAGCGGUUAUCAAAGAUUAUCACAAGCCGCAUCCAGUCAAGACAAGAAAUUGCAGAGGGGGAUCCCACGUACGAGAAGGCGGAGAUCCUGACUUCUGCUCGCGUGUCGGUAGCUGGAAGCUCUUCGCCAGCACUUUCCGAUACUGGUGGCCCAUUCCCGCUCAAGAGAUCUUCAAGUGUGCACUCAGCUCGCAUUAUUGAUGUGGCUGGCCCCAAGAGCCCGACCGGGUCUCGGUCUCCUUCAGCUGAAGCAGCAGAUCGAAUCCGCCGUGCAAGCCUUACUAUACCUGCAAGCAGUGGCCUCUCAAACGGCGUCAGUGCGGUUGAUGCACAGGCUCAGAACGUCCCGGCGGUCACUGCUCCUAAGAGUCGCUCUCCAGUCGAUGCUUUGCGAGGUUCAAUGCCUAGUGCGGCACCAAUAUCCGAGCCAGACGAGGAGGUUGAUAGAAAUAGAACUAGGGAACAAAGGCCUCACAAGUAUCUUGCUUAUCAGCCUUCCACACCAACUGUUCCCGAGGCCGCCUCACCAACAGAAGCUAAGCGACCUCAAAAUAUUGUUGGAUCGCCGCAUCAGUCGCCUGUGCUCCAGCAGUCAUCUUCUGGCACUAGACUGGCGUCUAUGCGCUCCAACACUUCUGAAUCUAUACCUGAAAGACCAGCAGAUAUUUCCCGAAAGACCUCAGGAUACUCAAAUCGACACGCUUCACGGAAUGAGAAGGUUCCUACGUCUCCAACUCACAGCAUCGGCAUGGUAUCAAUUGAGCGGUCGAAAACAAGAGAUUCGGACGAAGAUGGAAGCGCACAGACUCCUCGACCAACUCACACAUCUGGUUCAUCUGCCUCUUCUGCCACAAGUCGCCUGAAGGCUGUCAGAACCUCUGAGGACAACAGUAACCGCUCGAACGUGGCCCGUAACUUUGAAGAGCUGAUCCAGAGCAACCAAACCAUUACAUACACCUUAACACCCGAGAAUAUGCGCAACAUGGACUCCCCUGACAACACAACCUUCAAGGGGCCAAGAAAGAGCGAGGACAUUCGUGCUCACAACCGAUCAAGGUCUUCCUCCGCCACAACCGAAGCAAAGAAGACACACACCCACCACCGGAUUGGUGAUGAGAGGUUGAAGUCUAUCUCGUCUUCUAACCCAGGCAGGCCGCGCAUGUCCGCUGCUCCCAGAGAAGCUCGAGUGCCAAGCGAAUCUACCGCAGAUUUUGCAGAAUUUAUCAAAUCUACUGGUCCAGCGGGAGAUACCCGUCCCACGCAGUUUCGAAAUGUGAGCAGCCCAAAUAUCCCCAGCAAAGCCAGCCUCGAUGGCCGUCGUGUUUCAUCGACAAGCAGUCGGAACCGCUAUAUGCCCCGUGAUGCUGUGAUGGAGUCUAGUAAUGGCAACUCGGAUCUAAUCGACUUUAUCCGACAGGGACCCCCAGGCGCAAACAGCAACCGUAUCCCCCAUAACAUCGCACCUUGGGACACAACAGGCACCGAAGAAUCCUCAGCUGGUAAGGCCGUCGACGCCAAUAUUCCCGACAUCCGAUACAGCCAGGCCUCGACCCACAACACCGAGUCAUCUAUGCCUUCGAUUCACUCAUCCAUCAACUCCAACACGGCUCUACUAAAGAACAAGGGACAGCCCGCGCCUACUAGCAAUAUGUUCGACGAUGAUGAGAUGAUGCCCAAGCGUAAGACUCGACGUGUCAAGGACCCUUACGCCAUUGACUUCAGCGACGAGGAUGAUGACGACGAUGUUCCGCUUGCAACCCCCAAGCCUCCUGUUAAGAAGGAGGAGAGUUUGGCAGAGUUUCUCAUGAACUAUGAGCCUCCCCCGGAGCCUGUUUCGGUCCCUAUCUCACAGAAGAUGCCGAAGAAGAAAGCAAGUGCGCCAAGCCUUAUCGGUAGAUUCACUCGUAAGGAGAGUAGUCACUCAAGCAACACCCCUCCAUCACCUCAAAGCAACGACACUCGAUCUCUUAGCAGCCGCGCUGGUUUCAGGAAUUACAUUCCAAUCCAGGUCAACGUCCCAUCCGGCUAUGACAAGUAUGGCCAGCCCACAGGCGAGAACUCCUCGCGCCCUUCACAGCCUGCAUCUGCAGCCCCUUCCGGACGUCGUGUCCCCAUGAAGAAGUUUGAGCCCCGGGAGGCAGUAUCUAACGUCUCUCGAACCUCGGAUCUGGCAGCGUUCUUGCGCACUUCUGAACCACCACCCGAGCCUGUGAUGGCUCCUCCUCCCGCUAAAGAGGAGAGCAGCAGCAGUAGCCUGUCGAAGAUGUUCAGCCGUCGAAAGAAGUAA